AUGGAGCUAGUCCCGGCCUUGGCCGGAUGCACCGACUUCAAUGACGCCAGAAGGACGACGAUCCAUGUCAGCAUGGACUCCUGGAUUGGAUCAUAUAGUUCUAUGCAGAACUCCUUCGCGGCAGAGUAUCCACAGAUUGCUGCGGAGGAUUUGGGCAGUAUGGGCUAUUCGGGCCAGCAAUCGAUCUUUGUCAGCCAGGCCGUGCAUACUGCCGCCAGGCCAGCGAUUCGGGUCUUGCCUGGGACCAGUUACGCUGAGCUACUGAGCGCAUGGCACAUGGCACUGGUGGGUGAGUGGGUGGCCAGUGGGUGGCUGUGUUCUAGAAGAUGGAGGCCAAAAAAGAACGUAGUAAAGAUGGUUGAUUCAUUUAGUUUGGGGGCCUCCACGAGUGGCGCGCAUACGCUACAACACGACGCACCAUGA